CCAUCUUCCGGAGGGCCACGCUGGGCAUGGACGCCUUAUCCCAUACCUGGAGGAGCAGAGGUGAUAGUGCGACCACUCUGCCACAAACCUACUAAGGUCAGCCCAGGGGCACGUGGGCCAGGAUAGAAAGGCAGCAUCCAAGGGCCACAUCACCAUGCCUUUCGGCCUGAAGCUCCGCCGGACUCGGCGCUACAACGUCCUGAGCAAGAACUGCUUCGUCACCCGGAUCCGCCUGCUGGACAGCAAUGUGAUCGAGUGCACGCUGUCAGUGGAAAGUACGGGGCAGGAGUGCCUGGAGGCUGUGGCCCAGAGGCUGGAGUUGCGGGAGACGCACUACUUUGGCCUUUGGUUUCUCAGCAAGAGCCAGCAAGCACGAUGGGUGGAGCUGGAGAAACCUCUGAAGAAACAUCUGGACAAAUUUGCUAAUGAGCCUUUGCUUUUCUUUGGAGUCAUGUUCUAUGUGCCAAAUGUGUCAUGGCUUCAGCAAGAGGCCACAAGAUAUCAGUAUUACCUGCAAGUUAAGAAGGAUGUGCUUGAAGGGCGGCUGCGGUGUUCGCUGGAACAGGUGAUCCGGCUGGCCGGCUUAGCCGUCCAAGCUGAUUUUGGAGACUUUAAUCAAUUUGAUUCUCAAGAUUUCCUCAGAGAAUACGUGCUGUUUCCUAUGGAUUUGGCCCUGGAGGAGGCUGUUCUGGAGGAGCUGACCCAGAAGGUGGCGCAGGAGCACAAAGCCCACAGUGGAAUCCUGCCAGCUGAAGCGGAGCUGAUGUACAUCAAUGAAGUGGAACGUUUGGAUGGCUUUGGACAGGAAAUCUUCCCUGUGAAGGACAAUCAAGGCAACAGCAUGCACCUUGGCAUUUUCUUUAUGGGGAUUUUCGUGAGAAGCAGAAUUGGAAGACAAGCAGUCAUACACAGGUGGAAUGAUAUUGGGAAUAUCACUCAUAACAAAUCAACUAUUCUGGUGGAACUCAUCAACAAGGAGGAGACAGUGCUCUUUCACACGGAUGAUAUCGAGAAUGCCAAGUAUAUUUCCCGGUUGUUCAGUACAAGGCACAAGUUUUAUAAACAAAACAAAAUCUGUACUGAACAGUCAAAUUCUCCACCUCCCAUCAGACGCCAGCCCACCUGGAGCCGGUCCUCCCUGCCCAGGCAGCAGCCGUACAUCCUGCCUCCCAUGCAUGUCCAGUGUGGCGAGCACUAUUCGGAAACGCACACCUCACAAGACAGCAUCUUUCAUGGGAAUGAAGAAGCCUUAUAUUGCAACUCUCACAACAGCCUGGACCUAAAUUACUUAAAUGGCACUGUCACCAAUGGCAGCGUGUGUAGCGUUCACAGCAUCAACUCCCUCAACUGCUCCCAGAGUUUCAUCCAGGCUUCCCCUGUCUCCUCCAACCUCAGCAUCCCUGGGAGCGACAUCAUGCGAGCUGACUACAUCCCCAGCCACCGGCACAGUGCUAUCAUCGUGCCCUCUUACAGGCCCACCCCUGAUUACGAGACCGUCAUGCGGCAGAUGAAGCGUGGCAUGGUGCACACCGACAGCCAGAGUCAAUCUUUGCGAAACCUCAACAUUAUCAACACCCAUGCCUACAAUCAGCCCGAGGACCUGGUGUACAGCCAACCCGAGAUGCGGGAGAGACACCCCUACACCAUCCCAUACACGUUGCAGGGUGGUUAUGGAAACAAGCUCCUCUGUCCCAGUGACCCAAUGACCCCAAAGAAUAAGGCAGUGCCCAGCAAGCCCGGGGCCAGUGCUAUCUCACACACGGUGAGCACCCCAGAGCUGGCCAACAUGCAGCUCCAAGGCAGCCACAACUACAGCACAGCCCACAUGCUCAAGAACUAUCUCUUCCGGCCGCCGCCCCCCUACCCUAGGCCCCGGCCAGCCACCAGCACACCGGACCUGGCCAGCCACCGCCACAAGUAUGUCAGUGGCAGCAGCCCUGACCUGGUGACCCGCAAGGUGCAGCUGUCAGUUAAGACCUUCCAGGAGGACAGCUCGCCAGUGGUGCAUCAGUCUCUCCAAGAGGUGAGUGAGCCCCUCACAGCCACCAAGCACCAUGGUGCGGUGAAUAAGCGCCACAGCCUGGAGGUGAUGAACUGCAUGGUGCGUGGCAUGGAAGCCAUGACGCUCAAGUCGCUACACAUCCCCCUGGCACGCCGCAACACGUUCCGUGAGCAGGGCCCACCUGACGAGCCCCCUCAGCUGCCCCAGUACCAGCACAAGAAGACUCUGUCUGACGCCACCAUGCUGAUCCACAGCAGUGAGAGCGAGGAGGAGGAAGAGAUGCCUGAGCCUGUGGCCCAGAUCCCCACACUUCGGGAGAAGAUGGAGUACAGUGCCCAGCUGCAGGCCGCCUUGGCUCGCAUCCCCAACAAACCCCCACCCGAGUACCCUGGGCCAAGGAAAAGUGUUAGCAAUGGUGCACUGAGGCCAGACCCGUGCAGCCUCCCACCUGCUGUCACCCGGGCCAGGCUGCUGAGGCAUGGGCCAGCCAAGGCCCUUAGUGUUUCCCGGGCCGACCAACCCACUGCAGCCGGACCCUCGCUUGGCCCAUCCAUCUCUGAACCCGACCUGACCAGCGUGAAGGAGCGGGCCAGGAAAGAGCCGGUAAAGGAGAGACCUGUGUCUGAGAUGUUUUCCCUGGAGGACAGCAUUAUAGAGAGAGAGAUGAUGAUCAGGAAUCUAGAGAAGCAGAAGAGGGCAGGCCUGGAAGUACAGAAGAGGCCGCUGAUGUUGGCUGCUUUGAAUGGACUCUCCGUGGCCCGCGUCCCGGGGCGGGAAGAGAGCCGAGGUGAUGGCGCCCGAAUGCCCAUGGAUGAGAGGUUCAGAGCCCUGAAGAAGAAGCUGGAAGAGGGAAUGGUGUUCACAGAAUAUGAGCAGAUUCCAAAGAAAAAAGCCAAUGGCGUGUUCAGCACAGCGACCUUGCCAGAGAAUGCCGAGCGCAGCCGCAUCCGCGAGGUGGUCCCUUACGAGGAGAACCGGGUAGAGCUGAUACCGACCAAAGAGAACAACACGGGUUACAUCAAUGCCUCGCACAUCAAGGUGAUGAUCAGUGGGGCGGAAUGGCACUACCUUGCCACUCAGGGGCCCCUGCCUCAUACAUGCCACGACUUCUGGCAGAUGGUGUGGGAGCAGGGCGUGAAUGUGAUCGCUAUGGUCACCGCAGAAGAGGAGGGUGGAAGAACCAAGAGCCACCGAUACUGGCCCAAACUGGGUUCCAAACACAGCUCAGCAACGUAUGGCAAGUUCAAGGUCACCACUAAGUUCCGGACAGAUUCUGGUUGCUAUGCAACCACAGGCUUGAAGGUCAAGCACCUUUUAUCUGGACAGGAAAGGACGGUUUGGCAUUUGCAGUACACAGACUGGCCAGAUCACGGCUGCCCAGAGGAUGUACAAGGAUUUUUGUCCUACUUGGAGGAGAUCCAGUCUGUCCGUCGCCAUACCAACAGCAUGCUGGAAGGCACCAAGAACCGCCACCCUCCCAUUGUUGUCCACUGCAGUGCGGGAGUUGGGAGGACCGGCGUGGUCAUUCUUUCCGAGCUGAUGAUCUACUGCCUGGAGCAUAAUGAAAAAGUGGAAGUCCCCAUGAUGCUACGGCUUCUCAGAGAGCAAAGGAUGUUCAUGAUCCAGACCAUCACCCAGUACAAGUUUGUCUACCAGGUCCUCAUCCAAUUCCUGCAAAACUCCAGACUCAUUUAAUCUCCUCAGUGGAACAUCACCUCCAGACAACAUCUGGUCCCCACCGCUGGGGACAGAUGGCUGGCACCAGGCUCCCUGAAGUAGGAGCCCAGCGUGUUCGCGAGCAUCAUGUAUUAUUUUAUAUGAGAUAAUUUAUUUUUCCCCCUUUGGAAUAACUUUUGUGAAUUAUGAUAAUACAGUUUUCAUGAUAAUAUAGUAAUUUUCAUUUAAACAACAA